UGGGUGAGAAACAGCACCAGCGUGUUUAUGUAUUUCAUGUCUGCAUCAUCUCGGGUCAUUACGGGAAAUCGACAUGGAGCGGUUCCGGCUCCAGAAGAGCUCACACUGAACAUGAGCUGAUGAGUGUGAGGACGAGCACUACAGGCGAUGAAGAGCAUACUACAGUAGUGAUGACUCCUGCACAGCCGAGGAUUGUCCUGUUGUUCAGCGGGAAGCGGAAGUCGGGGAAGGAUUAUGUGACAGAUUUGCUUCAGCACAGGCUGACCGCAGAGGUGUGCUGCAUACUCAGACUGUCUGCGCCCCUCAAACUGCAGUAUGCACAGGAUCAAAAUCUGGACUAUGAGGAGCUGUUGGGCUGCGGUCAGUAUAAGGAGGAAUAUCGAGCCGACAUGAUCCGCUGGGGUGAGAUGAAGAGACGGCAGGACUCGGGCUUCUUCUGCAGACUGGCCAUCCGACACGCUGCGCGGCCCGUCUGGAUAAUCAGUGACUGCCGGAGGAGAUCGGACCUGCAGUGGUUCCGUCAGGAGUUUCCCGAUCUCUGUGUGUGUGUUCGGGUGGAGGCGUCGGAGCAGACCAGAUCUCAGAGGGGCUGGAGAUUCACCGCAGGUGUGGACGACGCCGAGUCCGAGUGCGGAUUGGACGAGGGUGUGAAGUUUGACUGGAUCAUCAGGAACGACGGAGACGAUGAUGUUCUGGAGAAACAGCUGGAGGAGCUGCUGUCGCUGGUCACGUCACGACUGGACUCGCACACACUCAAUAACGUGAAAACACAGCAAUGACAGCACUGAACGAGGACUGCAAAACUCUUGAGCUUUAUUAUCAACACUUCCUGUCAUCAUGUGUGACAGAAUUAAUGAUGCAAACUUCAUCAAACAUGAGACCAGUUCCAAGCAGCUCAGUUCAGUUAAUACAGAGGAGUGUUUUAAUGUGAUUCUGUAAAAACAUGUAUCCUGUAUGUGGUUUUUAUUAGAAAGCUGCUGUAAACAUCCUCUAGCUUGAUUUUCAGCUUUCACAAAAACCAGGAGCAAUUUAGCAGGAGCGAUAUUAAAGGAUUAGUUUGCCCAAAAUAAUAAUCCUGUCAUUUAGAAACCAUAAAAGUAGUCCAUGUGAAUUAUUCCAGAUCCAUUCCAUAUCAAAUGAUGGUCUAUUCAUUAUUUUCAAAUGCAGAAUUGUGAAAACUAGGACAGUAUGAUGCGCGAGGGCGAGUUUGAGCUUUAGGAAUAUUAAUGCAUCAUUUCAGUUUGUGUCUGUUCCCACAGAAAAGGUUUCUCCUGAGGGAUCGUGAUCAUGGCUGAUGGGUGUUACACUACUAACACAUUCACUUUGACUUGAACCACAACAAAUGCACAAAUAGAGUUCGUGUAGAAGCCAACAUUCGACACAGUUGUGAGUGUUGGAGAAAGUUACCUUUAAAAGUAAUGCAUUACAAAAUUGAGUUAUUGCCUAAAAAAGUAUCUAAUUGCGUUACUUAGUUACUUUUUAUGUAAAGUAAUGUGUUACUUUACUUGUGCAUUACUUUUCCUCAGCUGUGCUGGGCUUGCUUGUUUUUUAAUAACAACAAAAAGGUUCUAUUUUUGUCAAAGGUAAAGGCCCUUUUACCCAUUUACCACAAAAUUACUGUACUACACCAUUAGCUUGCAUGUGACUUUUUUUUUUCCCUGAAAAAAUUACUUAAUUGAUGAUCUAAAUUAAAAAUGAGUUGUUUCUGGAUAUUGAUGUAGGUGUUAGAGGCAGAAUUAUGCCAUCUGCUGGUUAGAAGAAAACCUGUAGGAAUUACAGUUGUAGGAAUAAAGUGUUUUGACCUUACAUAUCCAGCAGAGGGCCACAGAGAUCCAUUCAUUUAUCUGGAUGUGGCUAACUCUUCCCAUCACAACCUUUUUUGAUAUAUAUUUUGUGAAUAUAUAUUUAAACAUAAUAAAAUACAUUGAAAUAAG